AUGCCUCCAAAACUCUCCUUCCGCCCGCCCCUCCUCAACACCGCCUCCCCCUGGGCAACCACCGAGUCCCACCUCCGCGACCUCCUCCUCUGCCCCUCCACCGGCGCCGUCACUACCCGGACGAGCCUUAUCAACGGGUUCCCGCAUUCCGCCGAACAUCACCGCUACGCCUUCUUCGACCCGGCAACAGGAAAGUCUACUCCGGGGACCUUUUCCGGACCGCCAGAGGACUCUGAAUCCAAUGUCAAGGCCGACGCAGCAGCAGCCGUAGAUGCGCCGCUUGCUACUCUCAACACACUCGGCUAUAGCCCUCUACCCCUAUCCCAAUACCUCUCCAUCAUAUCCUCCCUGUCAUCUACCAUAACCCCCUCUUCUCCCCCCAAAACAAUCAUCAUCAGCGUCACCGGCUCCCCCGCCGAAAUAUCAAGCUGCCACAACCUCAUCCAGACAUUCUCCACCUCCCCAUCCUGCCCCUUCCCCCUAGCCAUGGAAAUCAACCUCUCCUGUCCAAACAUCCCGAACCUCCCCCCACCAGCAUACUCUCCUACCUCACUGGCCUCCUACUUCGAUGCCCUUCCUUCCAAUACAUCCAUACCCAUCGGUAUAAAAAUCCCGCCUUACACUCACGCCGGCCAAUUCGACUCCCUCAUUUCCUCUCUUCUUAGUACUACCUCUGCCUCCACCAUCCCAGCCUCCAAACUUAGCUUCCUCACCGCGACAAACACUCUCGGAUCGUGCAUUCUGCUCGAUUUCCUCGAGACCUCUGGUGAUUAUCAAGAGACUCUUCCGGGAGAAGGCAUUGGUGGUAUGGCUGGGCCUCCUCUUCAUCCUCUUGCUCUGGGUAAUGUGGCAACCCUUCGACGCAGAUUCGAUCAAGAUCCUCGGCUGGCUCACUUGGAAAUCAUUGGGGUUGGCGGGGUAUACAAUGGCCAAGGCUAUAAGAGAAUGCGACAUGUAGGGGCUCGGGCCGUAGGGAUCGCCACGGCGCUGGGAAGGCGAGGAGUCGAAGUUUUUACAUCAAUCGAGGACGAAAUUAAAUCAGUCUGGUGA